CCAUAUUCAUUCAUGCAUAUACAACGUAUUUAUUUGGUUAUAUACUGGAAUUUGCAUACAAGUGAACAUCAAUUCUACACGCCAUUGAAUCGCAACGGACGUAAUAAACUCGCUACAAUGACUGUCGCUAACAUUACAGAGGUGGGGAACAAACUGAAGGAUUUCGAACAAGAGACGAAACGACUAAGGACGAUCGAGCUCAAGAAAGCCGAGGGAAUCUCCUUCGGUGCCACUUUGUUGCACUCACAGGGGCGUGUAUAUGUAGCCUACAUAAGUAAGCACAGAGCUGAUAUUCUACGCCCCGAGUUAAGCCCAGCUUAUAUGGCGGGACUGGAGUUUGGUGAUGAAAUAACACAGAUCAAUGGCAGGCAUGUCGUGGAUAUGGGAUCGUUAGACGACGUGUACGCUACUUUGGAUGCUGCCAGCGAGGUUGUUAUGGAUGUGAAUGAGAAAAGUAAGUUCGCUUGCCAUGAAUUGGUGAUUCAGGGUGCAUAUAAUGAUGCCAGUAAAUCAGUAGAAAAGAAAAAUAAAGCUCUCUCUAUCGGCCUGGACUUCAAUCGCCAGAGUGUUAUAGUCAGGGUCGACCCAAAUCAGUCCGCUUUCCUCGCUGGGAUUAAAGCAGGACGCAUGGUGGUGAGUGUGGGUGACAACCAUGUGGUAUGCUCACAUCCCAAGAGUGUGAUAUACGUAUUGAAUGAGGCAAAACGUAAGAUCAAUACGGAUGAAACCGUCACCACUCAGACACUAGAGGUAUGGACGGCUCCUGCUGCACACCUCCAGUUGCUUUACGCCUUGGGCAAUGAAGAAUACCAGAAAGUAACUUCGAGUGAGUAUUUGCACGACUUUAACUUUGCUUUAGAUGAAGGCUUUGACAUCAGGCAGGCGCACGACAAGAACACAAGUAUCAUGACACAACUGACACGGAGAACAUCACCAUUGAGUGUUAUGCUCACGCUGCUGAAUGAUUUAUAGUUGUAAUCGUGCUUGUGAAAUUUUCACCCGGUUGAGACAUGUAGGAAUUCUCUCCUUUGGUGCACAGUCUCUUCACUGAACUUAACUUGCGUUAAAUAUAUGAUAUUAUAGUUAAUUUGUUAAAAAAAGAUAUUUUAGUAAAAGUUUAUAAACAAAGAAUGACUGAAUAGGUCUCAAUAAAAGAAGUUCGCCGCUGACGAUAUGCCCGACUCUGUGGAAGAUUGAGAUAUGAAAAAAGAAACGCAAUUUUGUGAUAUGAAAGUGCGUAUCACACAUUUCCCAAACGCAAGCAAAGUUACAACAGUGUACAUGGGUAAUAAAUUGCACAAUUCUGAUCUGUCGGG